AAAGUCAAUACAAAGAGCCAAGGUAAGUUUCCGCUAUAUAAACACGAUCAUAAGUCCAUUAUUCAACAAAGUCUUCGUUUCUAUUUUUAAUUUUUCAAAUGGAAAAGAAAAGAGAGAUGGAGAUGAUCAACAAGAUGGCAAGCUGCUUGAUUCUUCUAUCAAAGGCUAACCAAAACGAUACCAAAAGCAGGGUUUUCGCGUGCAAGACAUGCAACAAGGAGUUCUCGUCGUUCCAAGCCUUGGGAGGCCACAGAGCAAGCCACCGCAGAUCGGCCGCGCUUGAAGGCCACGCACCUCCUUCUCCAAAGAGAGUCAAACCGGUGAAACACGAGUGUCCCGUAUGUGGUGUUGAGUUCGCCGUAGGACAAGCCUUGGGUGGUCACAUGAGGAAGCAUAGAGGAGGAGGAGGUAGCCGGAGUUUGGAGCCAGCGCCAGUGACAAUGAAGAAAUCCAGCGGAGGUAAUGGAAAGAGGGUUUUGUGUUUGGAUUUGAACUUGACCCCCGUAGAGAAUGAAGAUUUGAAAUUGGAGCUUGGGAGGUUGAUUUUCUAAUUUUUGUUUUUCUUGUUCUUUUUGGGGGGUAUAUUUGUGUAGAGUAAGUUUAUUUUAUUACAACUAAGUAACUUUUGUAUCAAGAACUUUAUGGUGCGGUUAUGUAUAGAUACAUAUAUACAUCUUAUAUUAUUUGUCCAAUCAUUAAAAUUUUAAA